ACUCAUCCUGUUUUCUUACCAGCUCAGCACAGCUCUUGCAUACCUGGAGAGUAAACGCUUUGUACACAGGGACAUUGCGGCACGGAAUGUUCUGGUGUCCUCAGUGGACUGUGUGAAGCUGGGAGACUUUGGUUUGUCUAGAUACAUGGAGGACAGCUCUUAUUAUAAAGCCUCUAAAGGAAAACUACCUAUUAAAUGGAUGGCGCCAGAGUCAAUAAACUUCAGACGUUUUACCUCAGCCAGCGACGUGUGGAUGUUUGGGGUGUGUAUGUGGGAGAUACUAAUGUAUGGAGUGAAGCCGUUUCAAGGCGUAAAGAAUAACGAUGUGAUAGGCCGGAUUGAGAACGGCGAGCGUCUGGCGAUGCCACCCAACUGCCCACCAACCCUCUACAGCCUGAUGACCAAGUGCUGGGCAUACGACCCCAGCAAACGACCACGAUUCACCGAGCUCAAAGGCCAACUAAGGUCA